AUGGCUGAAAAUUUCCUAAAUUUAGCAGAAGCCAUGCCUGUACAGAUUCAAGAAGCCGAGCAGACUCCAACAGUUUCACUAGCUGUCUGGAGAAAGUGUCCUGAUGACCUUGCAAUCCUAAAAUGGAGCAGAGACAACAGAAGAAAUUUACUUACUUUGGGAGAACAAAAGAAUGUAGAGACAGAAGGAACCAAAGAUAGACUUUACCAUCUUGAUUAUUUUGACCAAGAUGGGAAAGCAUCUUUGUUGUUGCUGUUAGCUACUGGAAAUUUUCAGAUCCGAUCUCAGAAACUUGAAAUCAUGGACCAAGGAAAUAACUCAAGAGUGACUGAAUUUGUGUUGCACAGUCUUUCAGGUCCUCAAGAGCUACAACUUUUCUACUUUGCAUUUUUCACACUCUUCUAUUCAUCCAUUGUGCUGGGAAACCUCCUCAUUGUGCUCACAGUCCUCUCUGAACCUGCACUACACACACCCAUGUACUUCCUGCUCAGUAACCUCUCCUUCAUUGAUGUGUGUCUAUCCACCUUUGCCACUCCCAAAAUGAUUGUUGACUUCUUCAAGGAGCACAAGACCAUCUCUUUUGAGGCCUGCAUGGCCCAGAUAUUCUUUCAGCAUGUCUGUGCUGGUGGUGAAAUGAUGCUCCUUGUGGCCAUGGCAUAUGACAGAUAUGUAGCCAUAUGUCGACCCCUGCACUAUGCAGCCAUCAUGAGUGUACGCAAGUGUACAGUCCUUGUUGUGGGCUCCUGGCUCAUUGGAGUCCUGCACUCAGUAAGCCAGUUGGUCUUCACAGUAAACCUUCCAUUCUGUGGUCCAAAUCAAGUGGACAGCUUUUUCUGUGACCUUCUCUUAGUUAUCAAACUUGCCUGCACUGAUACAUAUAUCCUUGAGAAACUGACGCUUUUAGAUAGUGGUCUAAUAGCUUUGAGCUCUUUCGUGCUCUUGCUUAUCUCCUACAUGGUCAUCCUGAUCACUGUGAGACGUCGAUUGUCAGUCGGCAUGGCUAAGGCUCAGACCACCCUGACUGCCCAUGUCAUUGUGGUGACCCUGUUCUAUGGGCCCUGCAUCUUCAUCUAUGCCUGCUCUUUCAACAAGUUCCUGGUGAAUAAUAUCCUCUCAAUAUUCUAUACUGUUUUCACCCCUCUCUUAAACCCCUUGGUCUACACAUUAAGAAAUCAGGAGGUAGUAUCAGCAAUGCAGAAACUGUGGAGGCGACAAGUAAAUUCCUAA